AUGAUGCAGAAGGCGGCUGGUGGUAUCACAAAGGCUGCCCGGGGCCCAGGGGGAGAGCGCCCGUGCCCUGGCCCUGAUCGUCUCCCGGAGCUGCAGCAAGCAGAACAGGAAGUGCUGCCUGAUGCGCAAGACAAAGGAAGAACAAUGCUGCCGAUCACUUCACAUGGGAAGCCUGUGGCUUUCCGCCCGCUCCUGUUUGGUGGGGCCACUGAGGCGAGGAGGAUGACCGACCGACCAACCAAACAGUCAAGAACGGAGCCCUGGGGAGAGUGCCCAGGGCGGCCGGCCGGGCUGCUGCUGCUCUACAUGCUUCACCCCCCACGAAUAUGCAGGCGCCGGCGCGGCGGCGGUGGCGGCGGCAGGACGCGCCCGGCAUCGUCGGCUCGGCCGGCCCAGCUCAUUGUCGAUUUUGCACCAUACGGCCUUUUUGAUUAA